AUGCGUGUGGUAGAUAGCCAUACCGCUGUACAUGCUAUGUUAAUCUAUCAAACUCUGAACUCUCUGGCUGAUCACCUGCAGAAAGACAUCGCACAGCCAAAUCAAGCAAGCCUCGGGGGCCAGUUGAUUUGGACACUCAUGGUUGCCCUGGCGAGGAGACGAGAGGGGCCUCAAUUGGCGACCUCGCAAGGAUUAUCGGGUUUAGUCCCCCAUGAUCGCGCGUCAGGAGGCAGGACAGCUGUUCAUGGGGCCGUGCAACCCUGGCUAGUUUCGCCAAUCAAGGGAGCGAGCGGCACUUCUCGUCCACCAACUGUGCUAAAUCUGGAUGGGUCAGUAGCACCGCAGCGCACUUCGCACUUCAAACCUAGGGGCCCAAUGAUGAGAAUGUUAUUGGGACAGGGGCUGGCGGGUGUUCCUGCUUCUGAUGGUUUCACACCCACCGAACGAAGGGUCUCGGUGACGGCUGAGAAUGAAUCAGUAGCAGCAAACGCCAAGAAAGUCGAUCAGCACAGCUGGAGUGGCACCGAACGCUCGCAGAUACAGAUCGGACUCUUGCGAUUCAAUCGGAAUCACGACCUCAAAGCUCUAGCCCGGCCGGCAAUCGGCCGGAAGAAAUUGCCCUUGGAAGCUCGACGCUCGCAGUCCAAGUUCCGCUCCGAGAAAUUGGAUCUAUCAUCGCGAUCGGCCUUUGUGCUCGAUGAGAUAAGCUUACUAUACACCGUUGGCCUGCCAGUUUUGACACAUGCGACCGAGAGAAAGUCCGAUACAGCUCGUUAG